GGCAAUCUGCCCUGCGGUGCCCCGCCCCGCCCCGCCCCAGCCCGGGAACUUCCCGGCCCUCGUGCGUCCCCGCUCCGGGCAGACGCGCCGCUACUUUGUAGCGGGUUUCGGGCGGGUAGCGCGCGCGGCGGCAGGAACCCAACCCCGGCAGACCCUGGGCUCCAAGAAUUCGUCUUCUACGUCUGCGGAGGUGCGGCAGCCUCAGUUCCAAGCGCAGACCCUGCCAUCUUUUCAACGAGGUGAUCAAGUAUAUCAAAGUUUUUAGAAGAAAAGAUGUAUUAUAACCUCCCUGGAAAAAGAAGAGACCUUAUGAAGUAGUGCUACCCACCUACACAGCCAUCAAAAUAAAAUUCCUGAAUUUGUACAAGCCACAGCAAGCUAGAUCAAGAUCAUCACAUGACAACUGGAAGGUCAUGCCUAUGGGUUACCUCAAAUUGAGGAAUUUCAGCACCUACUCACAGGCUCCAUGAGCAGAUGAAGUAGACAGCUUUACUCAGUAUCUCAGACCAAGAACUUCGUCUCCAUCUCCAACUAGCUGAAACAUCUUCCCUCCCUGACCUGGAAAAUUCUCUGACUUAGAAAUUUAAACAAAACCCUCCCCUUUCAUUGAAUCUCCGUUGUCUGGAGUUUGCUUGUCUUAACCUAGCCUGUUUUCCCUCUGUUCCUCCACUAUGGUCUCCCUUUCAAACUAUGCCCUGCUUCAAUUAACCCUUACUGCUUUUUUGACAACUCUAGUACAAGCUCAACACCUGCUUGCACCAGUUUUCCGAACACUAUCUAUCUUGACUAAUCAGUCUAAUUGCUGGCUAUGUGAGCAUCUAGAUAAUGCAGAACAACCCGAACUAGUUUUUGUUCCUGCCAGUGCAAGCACCUGGUGGACCUAUUCUGGACAAUGGAUGUAUAAAAGGGUGUGGUAUCCACAAGCAGAAGUACAGAAUCACUCUACUUCCUCCUAUGGUAAAGCGACUUGGCACUGGGAAGCCGCCAUGGAAGCUCAAGGUCUAUCCUUCGCUCAAGUAAGGUUAUUGGAGGGAAAUUUUUCUCUUUGUGUAGAAAAUAAAAAUGGCACUGGACCCUUCCUAGGUAAUAUACCUAAACAAUACUGUAAUCAAAUAUUAUGGUUUGAUUUUACAGAUGGCACCUUCAUGCCUUCUAUAGAUGUUACAGAUGAAUCCAGGAAUGAUUAUGAUGAUACAAGUGUUUGCCUAGGCACUAGACAAUGUUCCUGGUUUGCAGGUUGCACAAACCAGACCUGGAACAGCUCAGCUGUUCCCUUGAUUGGUCUACCCAAUACCCAAGACUACAAAUGGGUAGAUCGAAAUUCUGGAUUGACCUGGUCAGGUAAUGGCACCUGUCUUUAUAGCUGCCAAAACCAAACCAAAGGCCUUCUGUACCAGCUAUUUCGCAACCUAUUUUGCUCUUAUGGCCUGACAGAGGCACAUGGGAAAUGGAGAUGUGCAGAUGCCAACAUAACUAAUGACAAAGGUCAUGAUGGACACCAGACCCCCACCUGGUGGCUCACAGGUUCCAAUCUGACCUUGUCUGUGAACAACUCUGGCCUCUUUUUGUUAUGCGGCAAUGGGGUGUACAAAGGGUUUCCACCUAAAUGGUCUGGACGAUGUGGACUUGGGUAUCUGGUACCUUCCCUCACCAGAUACCUCACCUUAAAUGCUAGCCAAAUUACAAACCUGAGAUCCUUCAUUCAUAAAGUAACACCACAUAGAUGCAUCCAACGAGACACAGACAAUCCACCUCUGUAUUGCAACCCCAAGGACAAUUCAACAAUAAGGGCCCUUUUUCCAAGUUUGGGAACUUAUUUAGAAAAGGCAAUUCUAAACAUUUCCAAAGCAAUGGAACAGGAAAUCAGUGCCACUAAGCAGACCUUGGAAGCACACCAAUCAAAAGUUAGCAGUUUAGCGUCUGCCUCCCAAAAGGAUCAUGUCUUGGAUAUACCAACCACCCAACGACAAACGGCUUGUAGAACUGUUGGCAAACAGUGUUGCCUCUAUAUAAAUAAUUCGGAAGCAAUAAUGUCUGAUAUACAACAUCUAUAUGAAAUAUCUGAGAACCUGAAGAAUGGACCAUUAUUUGAUUGGGAAGGCCUAUUUGCAAAAGUGGGAGACUGGUUCAGAUCAUGGGGCUAUGUGCUUUUAAUUGUUCUUUUCUGCUUAUUCAUCUUUGUUCUAAUCUAUGUUCACAUCUUUCACAAAUCUCGCAGAUCCCUUAACUCCCAACCUCUGAACCCAGCCUUAUCUCCACAGCAAUCAGCACAGCUCCUUGUCAAUGAAACUUCAUGUCAAGUUUCAAAUAGGGCAAUGAAGGGACUAACAACCCAUCAGUAUGACACAAGUCUACUUUGAGAAUAUCUGAACAAACAGCAGCUGCAGAAAAAAAGCCUUAGCUAAACUUUGAUGAGUAAAGCAGGCUUUACUGAGAAUUCAGCUGCCAAAACCCUCCUCCGAGUGUUCCUCUUAUAAGGGCACUUAGCACUAGGAUCUCCCAAGGUAUUGUAAAUAAGCCUUAUCAGAACUUUUCAUAGUUUCACUCUGAAGCCUUAAGACACACACCAUUAAGUUGAUCUGUAAACCCUUACCCCUUGCUGUUUAUAGUGUUCUUGCAUGCAUAUAUAAUAAACGUUCUUUCUAUUAA